UCAAUAAAAGAUUUGGUAAUCAUAGAACCUUGAUUACCAUAUCUCCCUUCUUACAUCCCUCUCAACUUAGGUUUCUUACAAGAACCAAAAUAAUUACAAUAAUAAUUAAGAGAAAAAAGAGAGGGAUCUGAGAAAUGGGGACCGAUGAACCGAAAAAGCACGAGAAAUCAGCAGAGGAGAAGGCCAUCGAUGAUUGGCUUCCGAUCACGUCUUCCCGUACAGCCAAAUGGUGGUACUCAACCUUCCACAAUGUGACGGCCAUGGUCGGAGCAGGUGUCCUUAGUCUCCCCUACGCCAUGUCCAGCAUGGGAUGGGGACCAGGAGUGACACUUAUGAUAUUAUCAUGGUUGAUCACGCUCUACACACUAUGGCAAAUGGUAGAAAUGCACGAGAUAGUGCCUGGAAAGAGGUUCGAUAGGUACCACGAGCUAGGACAGCAUGCUUUUGGCGAAAAGCUAGGCCUAUAUAUUGUGGUGCCCCAACAAGUGGUGGUGGAAGUAAGUACAUGCAUCAUCUAUAUGGUGACCGGAGGCAAAUCCUUGAAGAAGUUCCACCAAACCGUUUGCCCUGACUGCUCAGACAUCAAGCUCACCUAUUUCAUUCUCAUAUUCGCCUCCGUCCAUUUUGUCCUCUCUCAUCUCCCUAACUUCAACUCAAUCUCCAUCAUCUCACUUGCUGCUGCCGUCAUGUCUCUAACCUACUCUACCAUUGCCUGGACAGCUGCAAUCGCCAGGGGAGUUCAGAAGGAUGUGGACUAUAGUCUGAGGGGUAAGAACGCAGGCGAAAACGUCUUCAACUUCUGCAAUGCCUUGGGAGAAAUUGCUUUUGCAUAUGCCGGCCACAACGUCGUGCUGGAGAUCCAAGCAACCAUUCCUUCAACUCCUAUAAAACCUUCCAAGAAACCAAUGUGGAAGGGAGUUAUCUUCGCUUAUAUCGUCGUGGCUAUAUGUUACUUCCCUGUUGCGUUCGCCGGCUAUUACAUCUAUGGGAACAGUGUCGAUGACAAUAUCUUGCUCACACUCGAGAAGCCAGCGUGGCUCAUUGCUGCUGCCAACAUAUUCGUGUUGAUUCAUGUUAUUGGGAGCUAUCAGAUAUACGCCAUGCCGGUGUUUGACAUGAUGGAGACGUAUCUGGUGAAGCAAGUCAAGCUUAAGCCUUCGUUCACACUACGUUUCGUAACUCGUACCAUAUUCGUUGCAUUUACUAUGUUUAUUGGCAUGACAUUCCCCUUCUUUGGUGCUUUGGUUGGAUUCUUUGGUGGAUUUGCUUUAGCCCCAACAACAUACUUUCUUCCUUGCAUCAUCUGGCUGAUUGUCGUAAAACCCAAGAAGUUCAGCUUCUCCUGGUUCUUGAAUUGGAUCUUCAUUAUUUUUGGGGUGAUACUGAUGCUACUAGCACCCAUUGGAGGGCUAAGGACCAUUGUAGCGUCAGCCCAGAACUACAAAUUCUACCAGUAAAUUCUUUCUUUGACAUAUAUAUGUGGAAGGACAUCAAAAGACAUCAAUGAUUGGAUGUAUUAUUGGGAUCAGACACUAAUUCUUGAUUGUGGCUUAGGGUUUUUGGUUCACUCUUCUCUUCAAAUGCAUUAGAUUUGUCUUUUCGGACAUUAUAGCAUAAGUGUAGCAGCAGUUUGUGUUGUUAUUGGGAUUUGUCAGAACUUUCUUGUACAUAUGGGAAGAAACCACAAAUUUAUUGUUUAGAUGUAAUAAAAUUUCUUCAUUACUUUUUGUCAUGGGUAAUAUGUAUCAUCCAUUUCCUGAUA